GUUGGAUGAGAAGAAGAGCUUGAAUCAGCGUGAAUGUAAACAAGAUAAAGUCUUAUGAAAAAUUGUCGUUGCGCCUCUAAUUUUUGUACUCUCUAGUAAAGUGAAAUAUGACGAGAAUCUGAAUAUCGAAUCAAAAAUUGAUUGUUUGUUGUGUUUGUUGUUAUUUCCUGGGAGCACGAAAAAAUGUCAUCUUCGUCGUCGUCUUUGUCCGGACAACGUGCUUACACUGUUGGCGAUGUGGUGGAGUUCCGGACAAAAGUGCUGGCGCCACACCAGCCUCGCCAUUUCUACCCAUACUCGCACAGAUACAACAGUCAGCCAUCGUAUACAUUUACAGCGUGGCAGGCUGGUGCGAUUGUGGGCGUGUUGAAGAAAGCCGACCACCCUCAGCAGUCUGGUCAAACUCUGAGGAUCAUAGGGCUAUCCGACACGAAGGGAAACGAUAGCGGAGCGGGGUCGGCAUCCUCCAGAAAUUAUAAGAAAACGACUGGGCAGGUUGUCGAAGUGAACACAGAUGACGGCUGUGUCCGAUUUUUCACGCGCGGGAUUUCUGGCAAUAGUGCGGCACCUCGUUCGGUGGUGAACAUCGAACGACGGUGGGAAAACUACGCUCUAGCUGAAGACGCUCCAGCAGACGUCGAGGUGAUACCGGAGGAAACUCCGUUGAGGUCUGCUGGUAGUGUUGUUCUGAUGCAAAGCGGAAAGUUCGUGGACGAGAGCAGUGCCGUAGCUUCGUCCAGCGAGUUUGAGAACGUUCUUUUUACAGGAAAUCAGGCUGCGGCUGCCAGCUACAUCGGUACACUGCAGCGCAGUACUCGCGUAGCAGAAAAAAAACAAAUGCAACCGCAGGAUACGACUCUGAAGGCGCGUUUCGAUAAUUACUCGGCUGCGAUUCGUUGCGGAAGCGGUGGUGGGAACACGACGAUCCGCGUGAAGGGGUUUGAGCUGCCCCCGUCGCUCUUUAACGAACGACGGGCGCAAGAGCCGUUUUUACCGCAGUACAAAUUCAAAGCCGACUCGUCCCCCUGCAGCUUGAGCUUUAUACCAAGACUUCCGGGAAAUCGCUCCUGGACCGAAGCCAGAAAGUUUCACAAGCUGAUCAGUUACGAGACUGGUCUGGAGCUUCGGGCGAAGAUCGAGGUUGAGAGUGACGGGAAACGCUCUGAGCAACUGCUUCUUUCUGGAGUGAAGAAGCAUUUGGAGGGGAUGGCAGAAGAUGUUUUCAGCACCGCCGUUGCGGAUCUUACUGUGUGCGCAUCUAUAAACAUCAUUCCGGAGUGUCGUACUGUUGGCUUGACGGCACAGCUAUCCGAGGACACGCUUGAGGGCCGCUACCAUCAACCAUUGGAGACGAAUGACGAGGGCUGCGAGCAGGAGCAGGAAGACGAAUUUAGUGACGAUGAGGUGAACAACGAGGAUCCAGAUAACGGCUUUACGAUUCCCGAUAACCGUGCAGACAAAUUGGCUCCAUUGCCUAAGAAGUGGGCGAAGGCGAAAGCGUUGCAGCUUCGGCCAGACCAGCGUCGCGCGCUCGGGUGGAUGCUUCAACGAGAAAGUGAUCCGGAGCCAGUAGAGAUUCAUCAGCGGCAGCUAAUCAACAUGGGUGAUUUGCUACCUUCCGAAAAGGCCAGCAAACUUGUUACAAAGCCAUAUGGCCUCGAGUUCGAUCUCCGCUACUCCUAUCCGGUACCAAAGCUAGAUUCCUCAUCAUGUCCUGCUACCAUCCGUAAACGUAAUCUGUUCUGUAGUAUCAAACGAGAACAAGAAGCUGACACCGCUUCCUACUCGGAUCAAGCGCAAGACCAUCAUCAACUUUCCUUUCCAUCAGCGUAUUUCUUGAUUGAGUUCUUAUUUGACACCAGGACUAUUUGAGUUUGGCUUCAUGCUCAACAGGUUGAAAUCGUCAUUGAACUGCAAAAAUCUUCACUCAUUUUUUAGAUUCGCGGUGGCGUCUUGGCUGACAAAGUGGGGUACGGAAAAACGGCGACGCUUUUGGCUCUCAUCGCCAGCGGCAAAGAUGGGGACCGAGAUUCAUUGGAAACGCGCAGAGAAAUUGGGUGUGCCGGAGCAUGA